UCAGCUGCGCAUGCGCCGUUUGGCGAAUGAUAGGGCGACGGCGAUGUCUUGGCGGGACAGUUAAAUUGCAAAACCAACAGAACUGAACAUGAGACGAUCAGCAGCUCCUAGUCAACUGAUGGGAAAUUCAGUCAAAAAGCCGAGGUUUAUGCCUCCAGGAAAAACCCAUAUGUUGUCUCUGAAAAAAGAAUCUGAACACUCAGGCUUUGAGGUGGAUGAGGGACAAUUGAAUGGCUCAACCUCUGGAAACAUCUGUUCUACAACUUGUGACUUAAGUUCUACGCUGGCUGUGAAAUCUGAUCAAGGAGAAUUUUGCUCUAAAAAUAAUAAUAAUGACUGCCAUUUUGAAACCAGAGUGAAAUCACCAUAUAGAACUAAAAUAGGUCCAGCGUGCCCAGUGACAACAGCAACAGCCAGGCACCAGGAGGAGCCUGGCUGCCUCACAAAAUACUUCAGUGUAGUGUGGUGCAAGGCCUCCAAGAAAAAACACAAGAAGUGGGAAGGUGAUGCCAUUCUUAUUGUGAAAGGGAAGUCGGUGACCCUGAAAGAUACAGAAGGCAGAGACAUUGGAAGAGGUGCUGGAUACAAAACCAAGGACCUGGAGAAUUUUGACCAAGGCCAAACUCUGAUGGUUGGAGGCAAAGAAAUUGAAGUGAUGGGCAUAAUUGCAGAAGAGGACUUCAAAAGCGGCAAGUGUUUUCAGUCUGGUGUGAAGACUGCUGAGGAGAUUUGGAACGUCUCGCAAGCUGCUGCGAAACCAUUCUGCAACCCUUUCAAAAAUGUAUCCAAAACUAACACUAAAGGAAAUUCUCCCCAAGGCUCCCAGAACUAUAACCCACGUCAUGAUCCAUGCGGACCAAAUUGCUUAGUUAUGCUGCGCCCAUCCCCAAAUCACCAGCGGUUGUUCAACAAGUCGGGCUUGCCUGUGGUGGAUGUUGUUGUGGACCCCCACAUUGUAAACCAUCUUCGACCGCACCAACGGGAAGGGAUAACAUUUCUUUAUGAAUGUAUGAUGGGAAUGAGAGUAAGCUGUAGAUUUGGAGCCAUUCUUGCAGAUGAAAUGGGUUUAGGAAAAACUCUGCAGUGCAUUUCAGUCCUCUGGACUCUCCUGCGUCAAGGGCCAUAUGGAUGCAAGCCUGUAAUAAAACAGGCACUGAUAGUCACUCCUGGCAGUCUCGUGAAGAAUUGGGGGAAAGAAUUUCAAAAAUGGCUGGGAAGUGAGAGAAUCAAGGUGUUCUUAGUGGAUCAGGAUCACAAAGUAGAAGAGUUCAUCAAUUCCCCGCUUUAUUCAGUCCUGAUCAUUAGUUAUGAGAUGUUUCUACGCUCCUUGGACCAAUUACAGAAGGUGCAGUUUGGCCUUGUCAUUUGUGAUGAGGGACAUCGCUUGAAAAAUGCUGCUAUUAAGACGACGACUGCACUUGCCAGUCUGUCUUGUGAGAGGAGAAUUAUUCUGACCGGUACUCCAGUACAAAAUGAUCUGCAAGAAUUUUAUGCAUUAAUAGAGUAUGUAAAUCCUGGAAUACUUGGCCCUUUGUCUGCAUACAAAAAAGUAUAUGAGGAACCUAUUCUCAGAUCCCGAGAGCCUUCAGCUACAAAGGAAGAAAUUGAACUGGGAGAGAGAAGAGCAGCAGAACUGACUCGCCUCACUGGACUCUUCAUUCUGAGAAGAACCCAAGAUGUCAUAAACAAAUUCCUCCCUCCUAAAUUGGAGAGCAUACUUUUCUGCCGCCCAACAGCACUGCAGCUGGAUCUCUAUCGAAGUCUGCUGAGCUCUCCGUUUGUUAGAUCUUGCCUUCAAGGUAGUCUGGAAAACAGCUCCCAUUUAAUAUGCAUUGGAGCUCUGAAAAAACUUUGCAACCACCCCUGCCUUCUCUUCAAAACAAUAAAGGACAAAGAAUGUGAUCCCAAUUGUGAUGUACAAGAGAAACAGAACCUCUCUGAGGCUCUGCUUGAUAUUGUUUCUCAAGAACAUACCCCAACCUCUUUCUCUGAGACUGACUCGGGGAAGUUGAAGGUGCUGACGCAGUUGCUGGCAGCAAUUCAGGAACUGAGUCCUGCAGAAAGAGUCGUUGUGGUAUCCAAUUACACACAGACCCUGAACAUAUUGCAAGAGGUGUGCAAACGCCAUGGAUAUUCCUAUGCAAGGCUUGACGGCAACACUCCCGUCUCCCAGAGACAGCAGAUCGUUGAUGGUUUUAAUAGUAAAUUCUGCACAUCUUUUAUCUUCCUGCUGAGUUCAAAGGCUGGUGGCGUGGGUCUGAACCUUGUUGGGGCGUCCCAUUUAAUCUUAUACGAUAUCGAUUGGAAUCCAGCCACGGAUAUUCAGGCAAUGGCCAGAGUUUGGAGAGAUGGGCAGAGACAUACAGUGCAUAUUUACAGACUGCUUACUACAGGCACAAUAGAAGAGAAAAUCUAUCAGAGACAGAUCAGUAAGCAAGGGCUCUCUGGGGCAGUUGUGGACUUUUCCAAGGGAUCCGAACACAUCCGUUUUUCUGUUGAAGAACUUAGAAAUCUGUUCACCCUGCAUGAAGAGUCUAGUUGCCUUACCCAUGAUUUGCUGGAGUGUAAAUGUACGGAAAAGGAAGGUGACCUAGGUCCCUCAGAAAACCUUUCUCUACAAGAUUGCCAGCUUGGCCAAGGCAACGUGAAACCUGACUCAAAAAAGCCUCUCUCUAUGUCACAGUUGAUGCAAUGGAAACACUAUUCUGGGAAUCAUGAAAAUCUUCCCGAUCCCUUUCUUAGAAGAAUAAAAGAAAACAUUACAUUCAUUUUCCAAAAUAUGACCAACUAAAUGAUGCCAUCUAAACAGGGAUGUUAGUUUCUCCCUUAGUCACAAAGGGCGUUUGUGCCUUAUCUUUUACAAGCAAAACAAACUAAUGGGAUUGUUGGGGAAUUAUAAAGAGCAUGUUAAUAAGGUCAAUAUUGGGGGGGGGGGGGAAAUUAAUCCUCAGAAUAAAUUAUGGUUGGGGAAGAAAUCUCGUUUACUAUUACUUUUUCUGAUUUGGUGUCAUAAACAAAAUUAUUUUGUAAUAUCUUACUUGGAGCUAACCCAGCCCAAGAGUUUCCUUUAUGUCAUACGCAGAAGAGACUUUCUUAUAAUCAUAGCUAUUAUUUCCAUAGCAGUAAGCCUUCACUUGUUGCUCACAGUUUCCAAGUCUUCAUGUUGCAUAUUUCAAGGGCUGAGCACACUCUUUUGUACUUGGGCAAAUACUUCUCCUCUUAUUACUUACUACUAAUGGAAUCACCAUAGGAAUGUUCUAUAUAUGUCGUGAGCCUCUUUUGGAUAGUCCCUUUGAUGCAGUUAUUGACAAACGACAUAACACCAGCUGUGCGAUGACUUGGUGGGGGGGCGGGGAGAAAUGUUGUUGUUGUUGUUGUUGUUGUUGUUGUUGUUGUUAUUAAAGUGUGCUUUUCUACAGCACUUAGUGAGUUACUAUCAAAUGAUCUACCAUUUGCAUUCAUUGGCCCCACUCCUGGGGUGUAGUUAUUAGUCAUGGUCAUUUCCCCUCAGCUUGUAUCCUUGGGGCUGAAAUCCCACCUUCUUCCCUGACUGUUACUUGUAUUUUUUUUAAAAAAAAUGUUUAAAGGAGAAGACCAUAGCUUAGUGGAAAAGCCUCUGCUUUGCAUGCAGAAGGUUCUAGGUUCAAUUCCCAGUAAGAAGCAGGGGUGGGAAGGACUUUGGCAAGUCACUGACGUUAGUAGACAGUGAUGGAUGAGAUGGACCUGCCAUAAUUUCUGAGGCCUCAGGUACGUUGCAUCAGCAAGAUGAAGAAUGUCCUCUAAUAAUAUUUUCCAUCCCAGGACGUUCUGUGGUAUCACUUCGAUACAGUGAGCAGACAUAUCUACCAAGCACAAUGCUUUUCACCAAAUGCUAGGUGCUACAAAUGUCCCCCUCUCUAUUACUAAAAUGCGACACAGGAAUCCAGAGGUGAAGCCACCCACCCUCUUCUCCCGCCGGCUCCAA